GAAGGGCGCAGCAUCAGCACCAGCAGCGGCGGCGGUGACUGAGCUCUGAGGCUUUUGCGCUAGCCGCUGCGACCCAGGCGACUGGCCGCGGCCUGCGGAUUCAGGGCAGUCGGGGCGGGAGAGCAGGCUCUCCAGCAGACAGCAGGCCGCGCUGGCGGCAGCGGUGGCCGCGAUGAUGGAGAUCCAGAUGGACGAAGGCGGCGGCGUGGUGGUGUACCAGGAUGACUACUGCUCCGGCUCCGUGAUGUCAGAGCGGGUGUCGGGCCUGGCAGGCUCCAUCUACCGCGAAUUCGAGCGCCUCAUCCACUGCUACGAUGAGGAGGUGGUCAAGGAGCUCAUGCCGCUCGUGGUUAACGUGCUGGAGAAUCUGGACUCGGUGCUCAGCGAGAACCAGGAGCAUGAGGUGGAACUGGAGCUGCUGCGCGAGGACAACGAGCAGCUGCUUACCCAGUACGAGCGCGAGAAGGCGCUGCGCAAGCAGGCCGAGGAGAAAUUCAUUGAGUUUGAAGAUGCCUUGGAACAAGAGAAGAAAGAGCUACAAAUCCAGGUGGAACACUAUGAGUUUCAGACCCGCCAGCUGGAACUGAAGGCCAAAAACUAUGCAGAUCAGAUUUCCCGAUUAGAGGAGCGGGAAUCAGAGAUGAAGAAGGAGUACAACGCUUUGCACCAGCGACACACAGAGAUGAUACAGACCUACGUGGAACACAUCGAGAGGUCCAAGAUGCAGCAAGUUGGGGGAAACAGCCAGACUGACAGCAGCCUGCCUGGGCGAAGCAGGAAGGAGCGCCCCACCUCUCUGAAUGUCUUCCCCCUGACCGACGGCAUGGUACGUGCACAGAUGGGGGGCAAGCUCGUGCCUUCGGGGGACCACUGGCACCUGAGCGACCUCGGCCAGCUGCAGUUCAGCUCCACCUACCAGUGUCCACACGAUGAGAUGUCCGAGUCAGGCCAGUCCUCAGCGGCUGCCACACCCAGCACCACGGGCACCAAGUCCAACACGCCCACGUCCUCCGUGCCCUCGGCCGCAGUCACGCCCCUCAAUGAGAGCCUGCAGCCCCUGGGGGACUACGGCGCUGGCACCAAGAACAGCAAGCGGGCCCGGGAAAAGCGCAACAGCCGCAACAUGGAGGUUCAGGUCACGCAGGAGAUGCGGAACGUCAGCAUCGGCAUGGGCAGCAGUGACGAGUGGUCUGACGUUCAAGACAUUAUUGACUCCACCCCAGAGCUGGACAUGGGUCGGGAGCCCCGCCUGGACCGCACCGGCAACAGCCCAACCCAGGGGAUCGUCAACAAGGCUUUUGGCAUCAACACUGAUUCCCUGUACCACGAGCUGUCGACUGCGGGGUCUGAGGUCAUCGGGGACGUGGAUGAAGGGGCCGACCUGCUAGGAGAGUUCUCAGGAAUGGGCAAGGAAGUGGGGAAUCUGCUUCUGGAGAACUCCCAGCUUCUAGAAACCAAAAAUGCUCUGAACGUGGUGAAGAACGACCUCAUUGCCAAAGUGGACCAGCUGUCUGGGGAGCAGGAGGUGCUGAAGGGGGAUUUAGAAGCUGCCAGACAAGCCAAACUGAGGCUGGAGAGCCGCAUCAAGGACCUGGAGGAGGAGCUGAGGAGAGUGAAGUCCGAGGCCAUCACAGCUCGCCGUGAACCCAAAGAAGAGGGGGAGGAUGUAAGCAGCUAUCUCUGUACAGAAUUGGACAAGAUCCCCAUGGCACAGCGCCGCCGCUUCACGAGGGUGGAGAUGGCCCGUGUGCUUAUGGAGCGCAACCAGUACAAGGAGCGGCUGAUGGAGCUUCAGGAGGCCGUGCGGUGGACUGAGAUGAUCAGAGCAUCCCGAGAGCACCCGUCUGUCCAGGAGAAGAAGAAGUCCACCAUCUGGCAGUUCUUCAGUCGCCUCUUCAGCUCCUCAUCCAGCCCCCCUCCAGCCAAGCGGUCCUACCCCUCGGUGAACAUCCAUUACAAGUCGCCCACUACAGCUGGCUUCAGUCAGCGCCGGAGCCAUGCCCUGUGCCAGAUCUCAGCGGGCAGCCGGACCCUGGAGUUCUUCCCAGAUGACGACUGCACCUCCUCUGCCAGGCGGGAGCAGAAGCGUGAGCAGUACCGCCAGGUGCGCGAGCACGUGCGCAACGACGAUGGGCGGCUGCAGGCCUGCGGUUGGAGCCUGCCGGCCAAGUACAAGCAGCUGAGUCCCAAUGGCGGCCAGGAGGACACGCGGAUGAAGAACGUGCCUGUCCCUGUGUACUGCCGCCCUCUGGUGGAGAAAGAUCCGACCAUGAAGCUGUGGUGCGCUGCAGGUGUCAACUUGAGUGGGUGGAAACCCAGUGAGGACCACACUGGGAAUGGAGUCAAGCUGGAGCCAGGCUCUGACCCUUUGACCUGCAACCAGGAAGUGGAAGGAGAGGUCAAGAGCAACCACGCAUCCCCGGAGAAGAAGAAGGCAAAGGAGCUUCCUGAGACAGAUGCCACCUCUAGCCGUGUGUGGAUCCUCACCAGCACCCUGACCACCAGCAAAGUGGUGAUCAUUGAUGCCAACCAGCCAGGCACCGUUGUGGAUCAGUUCACCGUCUGCAACGCCCACGUCCUGUGCAUCUCCAGCAUCCCCGCGGCCAGCGACAGUGACUACCCUCCAGGGGAGAUCUUCUUGGACAGCGAUGUGAACCCCGAAGACUCUGGUGCAGACGGAGUGCUGGCUGGCAUCACCCUGGUGGGCUGCGCCACCCGCUGCAAUGUGCCGCUGAGCAGCUGCUCCUCCCGAGGGGACACCCCAGUGCUGGACAAGGGCCAGGGGGAGGUGGCUGCUGUCGCCAAUGGGAAGGUCAACCCAUCUCAGUCCACAGAGGAGGCCACGGAGGCCACAGAGGUUCCCGACUCUGGGCCCAGUGAGGCAGAGGCAGCUGCAGUUCGGCCGGGGCCCCUCACAGAGCAUGUCUUCACCGACCCGGCCCCUGCUCCACCGCCGAGUGCUCAGCCUGGCAGUGAAAAUGGGCCAGAGGCCAACUCGAGCGGUGUGCAGCCCGAGCAGGAGCCCAGCGGAGACCCCAAGGGGGCCAGCAGCAGUGCCUUGCCCACCAUGUGGCUGGGAGCCCAGAAUGGCUGGCUGUAUGUGCACUCAGCUGUGUCCAACUGGAAGACGUGUCUGCACUCCAUCAAGCUGAAGGACUCGGUGUUGAGCCUGGUGCACGUGAAAGGACGAGUGCUGGUGGCUCUGGCAGACGGGACUCUAGCCAUCUUCCACCGAGGAGAAGAUGGCCAGUGGGACCUGAGCAACUAUCACCUCAUGGACCUGGGCCACCCACACCACUCCAUCCGCUGUAUGGCAGUUGUGUACGACCGUGUCUGGUGUGGCUAUAAGAACAAGGUGCACGUCAUCCAGCCCAAGACCAUGCAAAUAGAGAAGUCAUUUGAUGCCCACCCACGGCGGGAGAGCCAGGUGAGGCAGCUGGCGUGGAUCGGCGAUGGGGUGUGGGUGUCCAUCCGCUUGGACUCCACACUGCGGCUAUACCACGCCCACACCCACCAGCACCUGCAGGACGUUGACAUCGAGCCCUAUGUCAGCAAGAUGCUGGGCACGGGCAAGCUGGGCUUCUCUUUCGUGCGCAUCACUGCCCUGCUCAUUGCGGGAAACCGGCUCUGGGUGGGCACUGGCAAUGGAGUCGUCAUCUCUAUCCCUCUGACUGAGACUGUGGUUCUGCACCGAGGCCAACUCCUGGGGCUCCGAGCCAACAAGACAUCUCCUACGUCUGGGGAGGGGGCCCGGCCCGGGGGUGUCAUCCACGUGUACGGCGACGAUAGCACUGACAAAUCGGCUAGUAGUUUCAUCCCAUACUGCUCCAUGGCCCAGGCCCAGCUCUGCUUCCAUGGGCACCGGGAUGCCGUCAAGUUCUUUGUCUCUGUGCCAGGGAACGUGUUGGCCACUCUCAAUGGCAGCGUGCUGGACAGCCCAUCCGAAAGCCCUGGGCCCGCAGCCCCUGCCUCAGAUGCUGAGGGCCAGAAGCUGAAGAACGUGCUGGUGCUGAGCGGUGGGGAGGGCUACAUUGACUUCCGCAUUGGUGACGGAGAAGAUGAUGAGACGGAGGACAGCGCGGCAGACAUGAGCCAGGUGAAGCCCAUGCUGUCCAAGGCCGAGCGCAGCCACAUCAUCGUGUGGCAGGUGUCCUACUCCCCUGAGUGAGGCACGGCCUGCACUGCCCCUGCCUGACAUCACCCUGUACAUACGCUACGCCCUGCUCACUUGCCACGACUGCCCCAUGGGGCAGCCCACCAGCCCCUCUCUAACCUCUCAACCUGCAGCUUUCACCUUAGGUCCGGCCUGGGAGCUGACAGGGGCAGCAAGCAGCAAAGCAGGUCUGGCUGGGCAGGGGGAUGUGGGUGGGAGAGGCAGCCUUUGGGAACACCCUUUCCCCCAGCAGUUCCUGGCCCAGGGUCCAGAAUUCUGGAAUUAGCAGCCCCCAGGUAGCUCUCAAGUGUACCCUGGGCUCCCUGUUCUCAUCAUUCACUCCUAGGACACCCAGAACAGGAAGCAGGGAUUUCAGUCUGCCAAAUAUUCUCCCACCUAGGGCCCACUUGCCUUUGCCUGCUGUCCAUGAGGGUGGGGGUCUGACCCUAAGGGAGCCAGCCCAACCAGUAGCCUGCCCUGGAUUCCCCCCCAGCCCCAUCCCUUCCAACCUAGGAAGUGGCACGAAAGCAUGCAUCCAGGCUCCCUGGGGCAGCUGUUUGAUAAGACGGAUGCCACCAUCCUGCCCAAGCCCCCUGAUUGUCCUGUGUGACAGGCUCUCGGAGCCCUCAUUGACCCAUGUCCCCUCUCCCUGUCCUGGGCAAGCAAGCCCUGCAGUCCUGUCCCCCCUGGAAUCCCCUAGGGUGGAAUUUCUCAGUCUGUCAGGGCAGGCCUAGGCCUCAUCAUAAAGGUGGGGCCAUUGGGAUGCAAGCUCAGCCUCAGGGUGAUGGGGGAAGAUGGGGGAUCCAGGGCCUGCCUCCCAAGCAGUCUCCAAGGAGCCCAGUUCCCAAGACACGCUAAGUGCCUCGGGCUGGUGGUGUGGCCUUCUCCCUCAAGGGCAACUGACAAGCUGGCAGCAGAGGCCCUAAGGGCUAAGGACAGGGACCACCUACCCAGCUCCAGGAGCAUGCAUUCGCCUGCUUUGAAGGGUACUGCCCUGGACUGCUGCCUCUCCACCUGCCCAGGCCUUACUCCUGCUCCAAAAGGCACUGAUGAGGGCAGCCCCAGGCCCUGCUGCCCACCCACCUCCCACCAGAGAAGCACAGAUCUCGGGCAGCCAUCCCACAGCCCAGCCAGACACCGCUGCACUCACAUGCAGCUGCAGGAUUCCCCCCACCACCCUGCCACUCUCCACUGUGACGUACGUCAGGUCCCUCGUCUGUUCCCACAGGGCCAAGAAUGACUGGGGGGUUAUGCAGGUGGGUGCAGCUGGGGGAAGGGGCUGGGUGACUUUUCUCAGGCUUUGGCCCUGCAAGCAAACCUAUGUAACUGCUCUGUAUGUAAUAAAUGUCUUA